UGCUUGGUCAGUUUCCUUUCAGUAGCGAAACAGGUCUUUUUUUGAAAUGUCUGGACGCGGAAAAGGAGGCAAGGGGCUUGGUAAGGGGGGAGCCAAGCGGCACAGGAAGGUGCUCCGGGAUAACAUCCAGGGCAUCACCAAACCCGCCAUCCGCCGUCUGGCUCGGCGUGGGGGCGUCAAGCGUAUCUCGGGGCUCAUUUACGAGGAGACCCGCGGGGUGCUGAAGGUGUUCCUGGAGAACGUGAUCCGGGACGCCGUCACCUACACCGAGCACGCCAAGAGGAAGACGGUCACCGCCAUGGACGUGGUCUACGCCCUUAAGCGCCAGGGCCGCACUCUCUACGGCUUCGGCGGCUAAAUCUGCAGCAUUUUAGCUGGCCA